UUUUUGAACAACCCACUUCUUUUCCUGACUGAAGCCCUUCAGUGCCUUAAAAACAUUUCUCACCCCCAUCCCCCCUCAGAUUCACUUCCCCUUCCACACUUCCUCAGAUCACUCUUGAAUACAGUGAUGUCAUUGCUCCACGCGUUACAAAGACUGAUUUUCAUUGGAGGAAAAUGACAUCACUUACAAACUGAAAUUCUAUUGGUCAAAAACUGUGAUGUAAGGGCUAAAAAUAAUUUUUACGACCGGCGAUAUAACACUACGUUACUUUUAUUUAGGUUUUGUUAAGAUUCAAAGCGGCGCGAAGUAAAGAAGGAGUUUGUGUUCGCUUCAUUUUGUGUAAACUUAUGAUCUAUUUCUAAAGUUCUCCAAUUUUCUAUGAGGAUUAUACACGUGUUAUUUUACUAACAUUUAUAAGGUUAUCUGUUAUCUAGACCCACCAUGAAUUUAGUGCUGCCAUCUACUGUUGAAGAUAUAAAUCGUCUUCAACAAAGCUACGAAAUGACAACUUCAAAAGAUGCACUAGGAUUUAAUAAAGGUUUUGAAAAUAUUUUUGUGGAGAAACGAUACAAGCGAGAGGUCAGUCUCCCCGAUGGUAUUAAAAAUUGGGAUAUCGACAACAUCCAAACGUACUUGAACUUUGAGGAGGAGAACUACGGUGGCUUCAAGGCUAUCGAGUCUGCUGCGGAGGACAUGGUUGUUCCGGAGGACGGCAACAACUCCAGGCUUCGAUGUGAUUCAUAUUCUUCCAUGACAUCGAGUAUGGAUGAUCGCAUGUUCUUCCAGGGAAUGGGAGUGAAAACAAUCAACACAAUCUGUGUGGAUUCCGGAUCGACGUGUAUCUCUGCUGCUGAUCACUCUCCUCUUCUGAAUUCCUCCUCAGAUUCCAUCUUCAGGACUAUGGAUCCAGAAGAGACUUACCAAAAUCUUGAAAACUUUUUACAACAGGUUCCUGAAGUCUCUGAAAAUCUGCCUUCCCCUCUUUCUGUUUCUGGCAGUGAAAGUAACUUUGAAAUGCUACACGGCAGCUAUUUCCUACCUGCAACCUGCACUCAAGACAGCCUCCCUGAAGUACCCAGGGGUACGAAGCGACCAGCCAGCACCUCCAGUGAGUUGGACAUUUUCAGUUUGAGAACAGCUAAACAGCAGUGUCCAUCACCCGUACAGUACAAUGAUGUUCGCAGGAAGAACAAUAUUGCUUCUAAAAAUUGUCGCAAGACACGAAAAGAGAAACAGAAGGAAAUGGAGAUGCGUGUGUCUGAACUCGAAAAAGAGAAAGAAGGACUUCGUGUGGAGGUGCAAGUCCUCGAAGAACUGAUUCAAGCUCACAAGAUGCAACUCUAUGCCAUUUUGAAAAAAAGAUGAGAUUUGAUUUGUAUUCAUUCAUAAAUUGUGUCAUUUGUUUGAAAGAACCCAUUUUAAUAACUCUUUUCUUUUAACAUUUCAUUGAAAAAAUAUACCUCUGGGGGUUACUGAAUUGGAGAUUGAUCGUUCUCUGGUUCAGGUCAAAAUUACGAUCUGUGGAUGAAUGAAUGGGCCUGCCCUAUAAAUAGGUGUGAUAUAUGAGUGUGGCAUACCUUGCCUUAAUGGUCUACAACAACAACAUUUCAUGGCAGUUUUUAGUGAGCAUGCAACUUUUAAGAAAUUUGCUUUUAAUCUUAUUUUUUUACCCUACAAAAAUCUGUCGAUUCUUGAAAAUCCAAGUUUCAUAUAGUUCUGGCAGCGUAUAAUUCACUUUCUUAUUUACAUUGAUUGGGAAUAUGGUUUUUUUAUUCAUCUUUUUUUUUUAUAAAAAUAAUUAAAAAAUAUCUGUACAAUUUAUUUUAUAUCGGUCCAUUAGAGACCAUUGGUAAAGGAUCAGAGUUAGAAAAGCCUUUUUCUUUUGGCUAUGUAUAAAUUAGUAAUUUAAGAGUAAGAAAGAAAAAAAUUAGAAUAGUGCUAAUAACUCACUUUUAAAAUAGGAGUGAAGGUUCUUUCAUUAAAAUUUACACUGAGAAGGAAGUGGAGAAAGUAUGAUGUGUUUAAAACCUGUGAUUUACAUUUGUGCAAUCAAAUAGUACAUCUGCUUGUGAUGUUAGUUUAAACAAUUUCUCUUCCCUUUAAGUCACAAUUUGUAGACUGCCUCAUUUGUAAAAAAUAUUUGUCAUUAUUCAGGCUGGUUCUGAAAGCUCAUUUUCCCCCCCUUUCAUCUCUAUUCAUUCUCAUUAAAGUACAUUCAAUAUGUGUUUCAUUAUUUAAAAGAAUGUUUAUUUAAAGAGAUUGUUUUAGUACAAUAUGUUUGAAAGAGUGUCAAAUUUGUUCUCAGUUUACGUACAUUCUGAAAAUGUUUGUAUUUGGUUAUUUAGAAGAAUUAAAAGGUUAGUGCACGACUGAUCGAAACACAUCAAAAACUGACGCAUAUUGAAACUCUGUGACUGUAUAUUAAUUGUAAAUAAAUGAUCAUUUUUUGUA